CGGAUCCUCACUUGUGGUGUCGAGAGUCCACCACGGAAGUCGAGCCCCCGCUACCGAGCACCGCCGCAGCCCACAAACAUUGCUUGACCUUCAUGGCGCGCCGUGUGCCGCCCAAGCGCUAGGGGUAUCGUUGCUUUUGUAACGACAGUUCGAUCCACGACGAGAUCUCUUGGUGAACAUGGUGGUUGGGGUAACCGCCGUCGUCAACCUGAUGAUCAGUAUUCCAGGACACGACCAACACACGAUGGCCGCGCGGCGUGGAAGCUUCCUGUCGACUACAUUCUCCCGGGGAUCGAGCUUCACUUUACCGCCACCGGCCCCCACCUUGUGCUCCAACCCAUCCACAUCACCAUCGUCCACGACAGGCGACGCGGCAGGAGACUCCUUUGGCCUCCCCAUUCCUUCCUUCCACGAAUUGAACCCGUACGCCCAUUAUGGCACACACGCACCGUCACCGCUCAAGGACAAUGGAAAACCCCACAGUGUUUCGCGGUGGCAGCCCGUACCUGGCCUCAUACACUCAAAGGAAAGCUUGGCGCUGCGGCAGGCAAUCGGUGAUAUCCUCACCACCGUCCACGCACAUGUCACUCCAGCCACACUCGAAAUCCGAGCGACCACACCGGAAUAUCGACUGGAAUCGGACGAUUGGAUCGGCCACGCAGGUACCUCGAGCACCGGCGACAAGAACACGGUCAAGGCCGUGGCGCGGCUUCCGAUGGAACUCCUCGAGGUGGAGGAGUCGUCCGCAUCGUCCGAGUCGGCGCCGGCGUGUUCGGUCUCGGGAUGGCUCAAGAAGCGUGGCGAAACCAACAAGGCGAUGAAGCGGCGGUACAUGGAGCUCGAGGACCGCGCGUUAUGCUAUUACAAGCGCAAGCCGGAGAAGCAGGGGACAGCUUUGCCGGUGGAUCAAAAAGCGGCGGUGAUGAAGGGCAAGAUUGAUUUGGAUUCGGUGUCGUCGAUCCAGCCCACCGUAAUCAAGGGAACGUCAGUCACGUGGGGCAUCGACCUCGUCACGACGAAUCGCACGUGGACGCUGCAGGCUGAGUCCGAGGCGGAUUUCCACAUGUGGGUCAAGUGUUUGUGUCACUCGGUGCCGUUCCAUUCGGUCAACGUGGUAUUCCGCCGCAUGCUGCAGCUUGCCGAAGUCAGCGCGUCCGGGCCGAACGAGGUCCGCAUGGUCCUGUUUCCGUUCCACACGGUGAAAGACACGGUAGAUCACGUGUUCCAGUGCUACCAAAACAUGCUCGACGCGACGCCCCUGCGCCAGUACGACCCCUGCGAGUACGUGCUCAAGUUUACCGGGUUUCGCGACUUCAUGCUCGACCCAAACCAACCACUGGGCAAGUAUCAGCACGUUGCAGAGUGCUUUCUCACGCGGAAGACGCUGUGCCUCACGUUGGUCCACAAAUCGUACAUUGACGACGCGCUCAGACAAAGCCAGGUGGGCGCGCCGCUAUUCCCCGCCACGGAAUUCCUCAACUCGGUGCACCCCGCGCACGGUACUUCGAUGGCCAUCACGACGCUCGGCGCGGACUGGAAGUGCCCUCGGCUAGCAAUGGCGUCGCCCAGGUCCGCAAACAACACCACCGGAGCAAGUCGAGGGACGGUGGUGGUGGCCAGCGGACAGGUCGCCGUGGUACCCGCUGUUCGCAUGCACGUCCACCGAGUCGUCAACAUUCCCCGGUUCACGUGUGCAUUAAAGAGAAGCGCCCACGACGCAGGCACUGUGGAGCGGAGACCACUGACGUGCCAGAACGUUGUGGUUCGUGUCGAACUGUACGAUGGGGGGCAGCUCUUGGAAGUUGUGGGCGAGACAAGUGAGGUCCCGUUGUGUGCGAUGCCGGCAGGGACAGAUGCUAUGUUUGCGCAGUGGGGACGAAUCUCGACCGAGUCGCAAAAUGCGGCAGGUCCUGUCUGGCUUGAGAGCCAACUGCGGCUGUGCGAUGCGCCACGGUCGACUCGCGUGGUACUUUCGUUGUGUGGAGGUGGGGGAUCGAAGCAGCAAGACGGCGUCAUCCUGACGACGGGUUACAACCUCUUUGACGUCGAUUGCGUCUACAGUCAAGGGGAACAGUACAUUCAGCUGUGGGAUAAUUUGCACCACGCCAGGCAUGGCCCGGUGCCGCAUGUUGUGGUGCCGGAACGCCCCUUUGUCCAUCUCGAGUUGCAGAGCAACGACGCGGCGAUUGUGUUUGACUGGCACGCGCAACUCCAGCUCCCGCCGUCGCCCCCCCGCCCCGUCGUCGUGCAAACCGCAUUCACUGAACCAACGUCGUCGGUGCCGUCCCCGCCCCGUCCCACCCGAGUCACUCGUCGCGCCGACUCGGUCACGAAGGAAGGGUGGCUGAAAAAGACGGGAAAAUUCCACUCGCUGACGAAUUGGCAGCCAAGGUGGUGCGUCCUGAGCCAAGGAAACGGUGCCUUGUACUACGGCGAUGGUCCGGCAACUCGGCACAAAGGAGCGAUCCAUCUUGCGCAAGGCGCGACUGUGACCGCCGCGGACGAGCUCAACGAGACGUAUACAACGUUUGCGGUGAGUAAAGGCACCCGAAAGGAGCACCGCACAUGGGUCUUCAAGGUCAAGUCGAAUGAGAGCUCACGGGAGUACGUGCUGUGCGCCGCGACGCGGCAGGAACGAGACGAGUGGAUGCUAGCAAUCAAGGUCGUGGCCAACGGGACCAACAUGGAAUCCGUCGCCGACCUACGCCAGCUAUUGUUGCGUGAUCCGCUCUUCCAACUCAGCGAGUACCAACAAUCGUUGCUCUGGCGCCAGCGCAUGCUGUUCGUCGACUCCUUCGAAGCGCUGCGGCAUGUGCUGGGGUGCGUCAACUGGCACAACGCAGCCGAAGUCGCCGACAUGCUUGCGCUGUUGCCUCAGUGGGCCAAGCCGCAGCACCCCGCGGCGUAUCUCUCGCUCCUUGACAUGCAAUUCUCCCACGAAGGCGUGCGGCUCUUUGCCGUGCAAAAGCUGAGCGCGAUGGCCGACUCAACCUUUCGAUGCUUCUUGCCGCAACUCGUCCAAGCACUCAAGUACGAGAACCAUCACGUGUCGCACCUGGCCAAGCUCCUCAUCCAGCGCGCUAUCGAAAACCCCAACCAGAUCGGGUUCGACUUGUUCUGGGCCAUGAAGGUCGAGUCUUACAACGAUCAGUUCAAGGAGCGGUACGGGCUCCUCCUCAACGCGUACGUGGACGUGUGCUCGCGCAAGAUGCGCGGGAUUCUCGAGCUUCAGGACAAACUGUUCUCCGAAAAAGGCGAGUUCGAGCAGAUUUGCCAACACGUCAAAACGUUGGCCCAUGCUGGCACCCCCAAAGACGAGAUGGUCGCCGCACUGCGCGAACGACUCACGGCUCUCAACGCAACUCUGCCCACGUCGUACCAGCUCCCGCUUGAUCCCCGCGUCGAGGUCGGCAAGAUCGUCGUGCAGAAGUGCAAGAUCAUGAGUUCGGCCAAGCUGCCACUCUGGCUCGAGUUUGAAAAUGCCGAAGAAGGAGGCGACCCCGUCGUGAUCAUUUUCAAGGCCGGCGACGACGUCCGUCAGGACUGCUUGACGUUGCAGCUUAUUGCUCUCAUGGACGAAAUGUGGCGUGAGGAAGGGAAAGAUCUCGCGAUGGAGCCGUACAAGUGCGUGUCGACGGGCCCCAUGACCGGCAUGUUACAAGUCGUCCUCCACGCCGUGACGACAGCGGCGGUACACCGACGUGGGGGGGCGCUCGGAGGCAUCUUUGGCGCGUUCAACGACGUGAGCUUCUCGGACUGGAUUGCAGCCAACAACGGCGACCCGCGGAGUUACAGGAUGGCGGUGGAUUUGUUUUUGCGGUCGUGCGCUGGGUACUGUGUUGCCACGUACGUGCUGGGCAUUGGCGAUCGCCACAACGACAACAUUAUGAUUACCAAGCAAGGGCGGUAUUUUCACAUUGAUUUCGGCCACUUUUUGGGCUUUAUGAAAUACCAGUACGGGAUCAAGCGCGAGCAAACGCCGUUUGUGUUUACGCCCGAAAUGGCGUACGUGUUCGGCGGGGUCGGCACUGACGACUUCAAGCGAUUCCAAAGGACAUGUGGAGAUGCUUUCAACGUCGUGCGGCGAAAUCUCCAUCUCCUCGUGUCGCUGUUGUUGCUCAUGAUCCCCGCAGACAUGCCCGAGCUUCGAACGCGCCACGACAUCAGCUACAUCGUCGAAGUGUCGGUCAUGGAACGAACCGACGAAGACGCGUCGGCGGGGUUUGCCGCCCUCAUCGUCGAGUGCAUGAACAACACAUUCAAGCGCAUCGACAACACGCUGCACAUUAUCAAGCACCGGUAGCGAGCGAUGAUAGAAUAGAGAAUAGUUGUGGGAGGGCUGGUCCAAGGAGGGCCACGAAAAUAUGUUGUCCAGUUGGAUUUUGCCCUUCGACGAGGUUCCUGCACCGCAAGUGGGCAGCGAAAACAUUGCAACGAC